AUGACAUCCACCACAAACUCAAAUGCAAGCCCUGGCGGCACACGGAACUUACGGAGGAAACCCGGAAACCGUCAGGCCGCCUUCUCCUUCCUCUCAUCCAUCCAACUUGACCCCGCAACAAAGAACCAAGCCCAGGACCCUUCUACACCCACUCUUGACCUUGUCGACGAAGCAACCAAUGUCACCAGCAGACCCGACACCUUGCCUCAAGAAGUGAACCCCGACCUGGCCGUCGAACAAGACGAUACUCUCACACCACUCGUUAUCCCUACACCAACUGCGCCCAAAGAUGAUACCGUCUCAACAACAACAACAACAGCAACAACACCGUUGCCUGACAACAGAAGGAGCCAGGUCCAGGAUCGAAAGGAGAGCAUGGCAACAACCUUCCUAUCCCAGCUGAGUUUACACGGAGGGCCCACCAAUGGCAAAAGCCGUGAUUCGGACCCAGCAUUCCAAGAGUCUACUACCCUUCAAGCAUUGGACUCGCCUAUGAACCAGGGCCCAGGACAGAUCAAUGCAGCAGAGCAGAUAACAAAAGGCGCCGCUGGCGUCUCACCAGUAGGACUAGCUCCUCACCAUCCAAUCUAUCGCGCUUCUUCAACACCAUCCCUCUCCUCGGGAUGGGAGCAUGGCCCCUUUAGCGACUCUUCAGACCGGAUUGACGACCAAGGUCAACCUUCAGGAGCAGGAAGAGAAGAUGGGGGAGGAAGAGGUGGAGGACGACGACACCGUAAAGUUACUAGCCCUGGAGCACACCCCUCGCGUGAAUCACAGCAGCACGGUCAGCGGACCAACACCAUGUCGUCGGCAUCUUCCAAGAAUGGUCCCUCGAAGCGGGAACCGUCAUCCUCCGGUCUCCUGUCGGUACUCCUAGCAAUCGAUAAGGACACGGACACACGGGCUUCUUCGUCGGACAUGGGAUCAGCUCUUACUCAGCGGAACGCUAUUCAAAAAGUCUCGAGUCGGUGGUUGGGACCAUUGGCGGAUCACGUUCACAUUCGGCCUUUAUUGACCUCUGGAACGACACACAUUGUCAAGAAGAUCUUCAGACGACCGUCCAUCAGCCGACCCAAGCACAUUAUCAGCCAUUCGCAACCAAUGCGUACUCAGGAUCCUCUCUCAGCAUCAAGGCAAACGCCGACCAGAGCUGACCUUCAACGGAAUGCACGGCAAGGACGGUCUGGAGAAGAUCAACGACACAUAUUUUACAAAGGCGAGGAUGUAACUGCCAGCUGCGUGAGCCUUGGGGACAAUCUCAGCCAGCACCCAUUCAUGUUCACUACCAACCACGGCAGUCCGCUCAUGAUCUCCUCAGUCCUGCGGUACAACGACGACAGGGCCCCCAACAAACGCCGGCGACGCCGCUUUGACCGCGAGUACAUCCAACAGAUCACCAAGGAAGCUCUCACCGGAAAGAAGGCUAACUCUUUUGCCCAUCUCCUCACGCAGUGCAACGCUCUUGACCCUGAACCCCAGGAGUCUUCUUCAGCCUCAUACGACCCAUACUUCCUGGACGACCCUGAGCUGAAAACUGGAAAGAACAGGACAGUCAUUUCACUUGCUUGCUACAUGGGCUCCGUGAUUCAAUAUACCCGACCAUCCGAUCUGAAGCGUGAACUCAACGAACAUUUCCGGUCAAGACACCCCACCAUCGACCCCUCCAUCACACUCUCCAAAAUCCGAAAGGUCAAGACAGAUCUUUUGGCAAUCUCGGAGGAAUUAGAUCUUGAAAUUUCGACCGCAGCCCUAGCCUAUGCCUACUUUGAAAAGCUCAUUCUCAAGGGAAGCUGGAAGGGUAAAGAGUCCAAUCCGCUCUCAACUGAGGCAAACACGUCUAUCGUCACCAAGGAAAACCGCAAGAUGAUUGCUUGCGUUUGCUUGUUGUUAGCGUACAAGGUGAAUGAGCCGAAGACGUCUUCAGGCGAGUUUGCGACCCUCAUGAAGUACAUGACCAAGCACAUGGAGGUCAGUGCCAAGGACAUCAAGGAGAACGAGUUCCAUGUGUUUUCCUUGCUGGAGUUCAAUCUGUACCUACCACGACAAGAGUUCCUUCCACAUUUUGAGCAGAUCCUGUAUCGGCAAGAUUAUAUCAAUGUUCAAGAGUACUUGGGGGAGGACGAGUUCUACUCGGUGAUCACUCAGCCCCGGAAAACAGCAGAAUAA